AAAAAAUUAAAAAAGGUUCAUAUGAUAAGAGUUAUGAAUUUGGAUUUUGAAUAGGUGAAUGAAUUAGUCAAAGUGAGAGUUAAUUCAAAGAACGAUUAUUAGUGUACAUAAUUUGAAUUUUAUAAUUAUUGAUGUGCGAGAAUUAUAAAAUUAAUGAAGCUCUUUAUCAUUUAAAUAAGGAGAGAUAAGAGAUGUAAAUAACGCUUGAUGUAAAAAGGAUAAAAGAUAUUGAGUUAAAAAAGUUAAUAGAAGAGAUUCAGAGAAGUCUAAUUAAAAAAUAAUUAAAAAGAGAAACAUAUAUAAUUUUAGCAAAGCAAUAUAAUUAAAUGAAAGAGAUACAAUUAAAAGAAUAUAAAAAAUUACAAUAAGAUAUAGUAUAUUUUAAGAAAGAAAGUAGAUAAAAAAAUGAAGAAAUAAAAUCUAUGAAUAAACGAUAAAAGUUUAUGGAUGUCAGAUAAUCAAUAUAGUGUUAGGAUGAGGAAAAAAGUAAUUAGAAAAAGAAAUAAAAGACAGAGAAUUAGAAAUGAAAAAAUAAA